AUUUCCCAUGCUAGAUCUGAUGCAGUCUAUAAAAAGCCAAAGGCAACCCUUUUAUUCUGGAGACAUCAGAGAUGGAGCUGCUACUUAUCUUCUUGCUGUUUGUCACAACUGUGUCUGGCUGUGGCCUACCGCACUACCAGCCCCUGUCCAGUCGUGUGGUGAAUGGGGAAGAGGCUUCUCCGUACAGCUGGCCGUGGCAGGUCUCUUUGGAGUCCUUCUAUCCCACAUGUGGAGGAACUCUCAUCGCCGCCAACUGGGUCCUGACCGCCGCGCACUGCAUCACGUUCCACACCUACCGGGUGGUUCUCGCGGAGCACGACAUGGACACGCACGAGGGACCCGAACAGUCCAUAAGGGUGGAAAGGAUGAUCAUACACCCUCAGUGGAAUGACAACUGCGUGUCUUGUGGAAAUGACCUUGCCCUCCUGAAACUGGAGAAGAGUGCGGUUCUCAAUGACAAAGUCCAGCUGGCCUGCCUGCCACCACAGGGCACAGAGCUCGCCCACGGCCAGGCCUGCUACGUCACCGGCUGGGGUCGGCUUUCCUCUGGGGGGCCCCGGCCGGCCAAACUGCAGCAGGCUCUGCUCCCUGUGGUCGAGCCCAGCGUCUGUGCUGGUAGCGACUGGUGGGGGAGUUCAGUGAAGACCACCAUGGUCUGUGCUGGAGGAGACAGCAAGUCGGCCUGCCACGUAAACCAAACUAGAAGGCUCAUAGAGUCUUCAGUUCAACAUCAGCCACACACCUCGUUCUCUCUCGCCUUUCUUUCAUUCAACAAACUUACGCUACCGUUCGAAAGUUUGGGGUCACUUAGAAAUGUCCUUAUUUUUUUAAGAACAGCAAAGUUCAUGAAGAUAACCUUAAAUUAAUCAGAAAGUCUAUUUUUAAUGGAAUAUCUACAUAGGUGUACAGAGCCCCAUUUCCAGGAACCAUUCCUCGUGUGUUCUAAUGGUACAUUGUUUAGCUAAUCGUGUUAAAAGUCAAACUAAUGAUUAGAAAACCCUUGAGCAAUUAUAUUCGCACAGCUGAAAACUGUUCACUUUAGGUAAAGAUCAUUUUAAUAAACUAAUGAGUUAUCAUGGAAAACAUGAAAUUGUCUGGGUGACCCCAAACUUUUAAACAGUAGUGUAGGUUUGGCUUUAAAUGUCUCACAC